AAAGGUGUGGUUCAGUCAGUGCUCAUUCACUCCUACGCUGGCACCGAACCCAAGCAUGUGCAAACGGCAGCAGUCGAGUGCUGUGCAGUAGAUUCGUAUAAUUAAUUAAAUGCGCAGUGGACGAACAGCGGAUAUGGAAACACCUUUCACCUGGUCGUCCAGCGGGCGAUCGGUCCUCAAGCUCAACAUACGUCACCUGUGUCUCGUAGGUGUGUGGCCUUUGGGUACUUCCCGCUUUUACCAACUGUACGUCAUCUUCGUUUUUGCUAUGGGUGUCUGGAACUUCGCGGAAGGUUCGUUGUGUGUCUCCUACUGCUGGCGAGACCUCGAAGCCACCACACUGGUGGUGGCCAACAUGUUCACCAUGGGCAGCGGCAACGUGAAGAUGGCCUUCUACAUGCUGAACCGACGGCGGUACAAUUCGAUGGUCCGGCGUGUCGACUCGUUGAUGUCGCUUCAAAGCGAGAGCUGCUCCAGCAAUCCUGCACUGGAGAACAUCGUCCAGAGGUCUCGCAGGAGAGCGGCUCGCCUCACGCUGGGUAUGCUGCUCUUCAUGGCUUCGCAAGGCAUUGUGUGGUUCCCUAUGCCGCUCAUCGCCGACCCCAGCGAGCGGCGUCUGCCCUUCGUACAGCACCCCUGGGACAAUAACACCAGCUACUACCAACUGUCGUACGCCGUCCAAUGCGUGGUAGCCUUGUGGAUGGCCCAGAUAAGCAUGGGCAUGGACUGCCUCUUCGUGACGAUCAUGAUACUGGUAGCGGCACAGCUGGAGGUCCUCGCACUGAGGGUCGGGAAGCUGAGAGUAGACGAGAGUGGAGCAGGUGAAGGUCGCCGAAUUGCGAGCGCAUCUUCUGUGGCUCACGAGAAAAUGUACAGCAACCUGUGCUUUUGUGUCAAAAGUCAUCAGGAAAUCCUCAGGUUCGCCAGGCUGCUAAAUGACACCAUGAGCCCAAUAGCAAUGACACUGUUUGCCUUCAACGUCCUCGUUGGCUGUGUGGUGCUGUUCCAGACAACAUACAGCUCUGACAUCACUGCAGUAAUUAAAUGCCUCGUUUUUCUUCCCAUUCUGGGUGGCCAGGUUUAUCUUUAUUGCUGGGCUGCUCACCAAGUAAAAGAUCAGGCGGAGGCGGUUUCGACUGCAGCGUACAGCUGCUCGUGGGUGGAUGCGGGAACGAGCUUCAAGCGCGCCCUGAGGAUUCUCAUCUGCCGCGCCCAGAAACCGCUCAUUCUCACUGCCGGACAUGUCUGCCCGAUCAACAGGGAAGCCUUUCUUUCGAUGGUGAAUGCCUCAUACUCAUACUACGCACUACUGGGUCAAAUGAACAAGCGCUCUGUGGACUGAAGAGCAAUGGGUAUUGAUGUCCAUAGUUUGCUACUUGUAGUAUUGUUUUCUGAGCCCACCUUUCAGAUAUAGAUUGUUUAGAAGAAAGUACAUUAGUAAAACAGUUUUCCGAUUUUACUCCAAUUACCAAAAGAUCUCAAAUAUCAAAACUGCUGUAGCACUGCAGAUGUACACAUAUAGCCUUAGAUCAAUGAUAAACGUCAAUGAUGAUUCAUUGACGGUUGUUUAUUCCUUUCAUUUCCAAAUAAUUCAGUACUUACCAGCCACAUUUCCUUAAGGUUAAGCUGGAGAAACAAAUAUGUUUAGAAAAAUACACAAAAAUUUUAUGAGAAUCAUGAACAUCUGAAUUCAGUAACAUAUUUUGCAGGGGGGAAGAUAAAGUGAAAGUUCUUUCUUCUGAACUAUCUUUCGUAUUUGUUGCUUUAUUUAGCACCGGCUCAAUUUUCUUUAACUUACCUCAAGUUCAGAUUUUGUCCUAUGAAGUCACAUAUUUCAA